AUUUCAUCUUCAUUUCUUCUUUCUUUCUUCCUCCUCUUUCAUGGAGUCCGAUUCUCAUACGACUCCUAACUUCUCAACGAAAUCAACCCCCUUUGAUCAAUCAAACAUUCCCUUCAAGAAAAAAGAAAAAUGGAAGAAGAAUACAAACAACACACACUGUUUCCCCUUACUUCUUCUCCUACUAAUUUCCAUUCUCAUUCACCCACUCCCAGUUUCAAGCCAAUCAUGGGAUGGAAUCAUCGUCACAGAAUCAGAUUUUCAAGCCCUCCAAUCAUUCAAACAAGAACUCAUUGACCCAAAUGGGUUCUUGAAAAGCUGGAACGAUAGCGGAUAUGGAGCUUGUUCUGGAAGUUGGCAAGGAAUCAAAUGUGCUCAAGGUCAAGUUAUUGUGAUUCAACUUCCAUGGCGAGGAUUAGGUGGUCGAAUCACACCGAAAAUUGGUCAGUUUCAAGCUCUCAGAAAGCUCAGCCUCCAUGAUAACGCCAUUGAAGGUUCGAUUCCGAAGGAAUUAGGGUUCCUUCCGAAUCUCAGGGGACUUCAGUUGUUUAACAACAGGUUUACUGGUUCGAUUCCUCCCGCAUUGGGUUCAUGUCCAUUGCUUCAAACUAUUGAUUUGAGUAAUAAUUCUUUGGUGGGUGUAAUCCCAGAAAGUCUUGCUAAUUGUUCUAAGCUUUAUAGGGUCAAUUUGACUUUGAAUUCUUUAACCGGUUCAAUCCCUGUCCCGAUUACAAAACUAAAUUCCCUCAUGUUUCUUGCUCUACAGUUCAAUAAUUUUUCUGGGGUUCUUCCAGAUUCUUGGGGGAACGACAAAAAUGGCGUCAAAUCCAUGGUCAAAUCUUUAACCUUUGACCAUAAUUUCUUCUCUGGGACCCUACCUGUUUCUUUAAGUAAGUUGACUGAGCUUCAAGAGAUUUCAUUUAGUCAUAAUAAAUUCAUCGGAACUGUUCCCGCUGAAUUUGGUGAAUUUUCUAACCUUAAAAGUAUCGAUUUUUCAUAUAAUUCUAUUAAUGGAAGCAUCCCUCAAAGCUUUUCAAAUCUGAGUUCCUUAAAUUCGCUGAAUUUCGCUCAUAACAAUCUCACCGGAGAAAUCCCGACAUUUUUGGGUGAUCGAUUAAAUCUUACUUCAUUCAAUGUCUCAUACAACAAUCUAUCGGGUUCAGUUCCAACAACACUUUCUUCAAAAUUCGAUUCAAGCGCCUUCAUUGGCAAUCUUGAUCUGUGUGGAUACAGCCCUUCAACGCCAUGUCCGACGUCUCCUCCUCCUUCCACCACCCCACCUCCGCCACCAAACCACGGCGGCAACAAACUAAGCACGAAAGAAAUCAUUCUCAUCGCAGCCGGUGCUUUGAUUGCAGUUCUACUGUUAAUCUGCUGCAUACUCCUGUGUUGUCUGUUCAGGAAAAGGGGAGGAGGAGCUAAGCCGAAGGACGCUGAAGGUGGUGCCGCAGGUGGAAAAGAGGUGGCGCCACCACAGGCGGAGGUGGCCGGAGAAGCGGGAGGGAAGCUUGUGCACUUUGAAGGUACAUUGGGUUUCACGGCUGAUGAUUUAUUGUGUGCGACAGCUGAGAUUAUGGGGAAGAGCACUUAUGGAACUGUUUAUAAGGCAACUUUGGAAGAUGGUGAUCAAGUUGCAGUGAAAAGAUUGAGAGAAAAGAUUACGAAAAAUCAAAGAGAGUUUGAAAUUGAAGUUAAUUUGCUUGGGAAAAUUAGGCAUCCAAAUUUAUUGGCAAUGAGAGCUUAUUAUUUAGGGCCAAAAGGGGAGAAACUUCUUGUUUUUGAUUACAUGCCCAAUGGAAGCCUUUCUACUUUUCUUCAUGCUCGAGGCCCAGAAACACCCAUAGAUUGGACAACAAGAAUGCGAAUAGCAAAAGGAAUGUCUAGAGGUUUACUUAGCCUCCACACCCACCACAACAUAAUCCAUGGAAACCUAACUUCAAGCAAUGUCCUCCUCGACCAAAACAUAAACCCUAAAAUUGCAGACUUCGGUCUCUCCCGGCUCAUGACGGCUGCAGCCAACUCAAACGUAAUUGCAACCGCUGGUGCACUCGGGUACAGAGCCCCCGAGCUUUCAAAGCUCAAGAAAGCUAACACAAAGACCGAUGUUUAUAGUUUGGGUGUGAUCAUGUUAGAACUCCUAACUGGAAAAUCACCAGGAGAAGCCAUGAAUGGGGUUGAUUUGCCUCAAUGGGUGGCUUCGAUUGUGAAGGAAGAAUGGACUAAUGAGGUGUUUGAUCUUGAAUUGAUGAAGGAUGCGAGUGUGAUUGGUGAUGAGUUGUUGAAUACUUUGAAACUGGCGUUGCAUUGUGUUGAUCCUUCACCUUCGGCUCGGCCGGAGGUGCAGCUGGUGUUGCAGCAGCUGGAGGAGAUUAGACCGGAAACCGCCGCCACGAGUUCUGGUGAUGAUGGUGGUGCUGGACCUUCGAUGAGUGAGUGAAGUGAGGGGUAGUUUUGGACUUUUGGUGAUGAUGAUGAUGAUUCUUUCAUUCUUGA